UAGACCAGACCAUUCAGACACGCAAGAAAGACUGGCUCCUAAAAGACCAUCAGUCUAAACUAUGGGAAAGGAUUACUAUAAGAUCCUGGGCAUUCAGUCUGGCAGCAAUGAGGAGGAGAUUAAAAAGGCCUAUAGGAAGAUGGCUCUUAAAUUCCAUCCUGAUAAAAACAAAGAUCCGAAUGCAGAAGAAAAGUUCAAAGAGAUAGCAGAGGCGUACGAAGUCCUGAGUGACCCGAAGAAGAGGGCCAUUUAUGACCAGUAUGGAGAGGACGGUCUCAAAACAGGAGGACCUGGCUCAUCUAGUGGACAGGGGACUACAUACCACUACACCUUCCACGGGGACCCACAUGCCACUUUUGCCUCUUUCUUUGGAGGCUCAAACCCCUUCGAUGUUUUUUUCGGAUCUGGACGUCACCGGGGUACCAACAAUGGUUUUGGGGACCACGACACAGAUAUCGAUAUGGACGAUGAUGACCCUUUUGGCUCCUUUAGUCAUUUCGGUUUCAAUGGUCUUAAUAGCUUUCACCACGGGGUAAACCGAAGACAUCGCAACGAGCCUCUGCACAGUGGCAGCAGGAAGAAGGUACAGGACCCUCCUGUCGUACAUGAUCUGCGAGUAUCUCUGGAAGAAAUCUUUCAUGGAUGUACCAAACGCAUGCGCAUCACUCGCCGCCGCCUCAACCCAGGUGGAAGGACAACACGGACAGAAGACAAGAUCCUUAACAUUGUCAUCAAAAGAGGUUGGAAAGAAGGAACCAAGAUUACGUUUCCUAAGGAGGGAGAUGAGACACCUGAGAACAUUCCAGCUGAUGUUGUAUUUGUGCUGAAAGAUAAGGGGCACCCACGAUUUAGGAGGGAUGGUUCCAACGUCAUAUACACUGUCAAAGUCAGUCUUAAGGAGGCGCUGUGUGGUUGCACAGUAACCAUUCCCACCAUAGACAACAAGGUUAUCUCACUGCCCUGCAAUGACAUAAUUAAACCAGGCGUCAUCAAGAGACUAAAGGGUGAGGGUUUACCGCUCCCUAAGAAUCCAUCGCAGCGUGGAGACAUGAUAGUGGAAUUUCAGGUGCGCUUUCCAGACAGGAUACCUCCUCAAUCCAAAGAGAUCAUCAAGCAGCACUUACCCCAGUCUUAAAAUAUCAGUGAAGGUACCUUUUUGUUUUUAAUGUUUUUUAUUUUUUCAAAAA